CGUUGAUUAAUGGAAGGCAAUUUGAGAAAACAAAAGAUAUACUCUUGAUUGCCAUCUAUUCUUCAGUCAGUUGAUAUAUAAAUGAUUUGGCAAAGGGACUUGCAAUGAGUCUUGAUCGCUUCAGAGGAUUGUGUUGUACCUGUGAACUUGAAAGACGUAAAAAACCUCAUGAUAAUGCGUGGAUUCCUUCCACUACUAUAUAUAUUGGGAUAUUCCUGGUGCUACCAAGUGGAACGAAUUACCGAGCCUCUUCUGCUGGGUGAAGGCCCACACUGGAAUGCACUGACACAGUUAUUAUACUUUGUUGACAUAACAAGUUGUACUAUUAAUGUGUACGAUCCAGCAACCGGUGUUCAUAAUUCUACUCAUAUAGAUGGAGGAGCUGUGACUUUCAUUGUUCCAAUAGCAGGAACAACAGACGAGUUUUUGGUUUCAACAGGAUUGGACAUAAGACAUGUUAUAUGGGAUGGACAGCAAGAUUCGAUUCCAAAAUCUGCAAUAAUUUACAGCGCACUGCAAGAUUCAGAUGGGAGUAGAUUCAAUGAUGGGAAGGUAGACCGAACUGGACGCCUGUGGGCUGGUACUAUGGGACCAGAGCCUAUACCUAAUGUGAUAACUGAACGAAGUGGAAAAUUAUAUCAAGUAUCACAACACUCAUCAAUAUCAACAGAACUAGAAAACAUUUUAAUUUCAAAUGGUUUAGCAUGGUCCGCUGAUGGGUCAAUCAUGUAUUACACGGACACUGGUGAUUCAACUAUUGAUUCAUUUGAUUUCGAUGCAACUGCUGAUCAUCCCUUGAGCAAUCGGCAAAGAAUAUUCAAUUUUACUGAGAAUGGAGUGACCGGAAACACUGAUGGUUUUGCAAUUGACACCGAUGGCAACCUGUGGCUAGCAAGCUAUGGCUCAUAUCAGGUAAUAGCUGUGAAUCCAAAAACCAGAACUCUACUUUUGACUAUCCCCAUAAAUGCUUCACAAGUUACAUCGGUAGCUUGGGGAGGGUCGGAGUUAAAUGAGUUAUAUGUAACCACAGCAAGAAAGGGUAUCACAGAGGAGGAACUUAAAAAUUACCCUGACAGCGGUGCAACUUAUAGAAUAACUGGGCUUGGAGCAAGAGGCUAUGCCGGGGAUAACUACAUUAUGUAUAAGGCAUCAUCCUAUUCAAAUUCAUGUUAUUUAUCAAAGUUCUUAAUAUCAGUAUAUAUGAUAAUCAUAUUUAAGCUUGGUUAUAGUUGAUGCUGUUCAAGGUAACAGAAACCUCAUUUACUACAGUAACUUAGUAGGCCAAGAAGACCAGUUCUGAGUUUCAGAUCUUGGUUCUGGAAAUUGAGUUUGAAAUUUAUGUGAUAUUGUUUUGUUAUGCGCUCCUGUAUACUGAAUAGAAUAGACGAAAAUGAUCAGUAAUUUUUAUCUUUAUGCAUUCAAUAAUACAGAUUAUGAUAUAUUCUCAAAGAUAUUCUAGACACAAUUGUCGUGGAGUAAUCAAUAAUUCAUGUACUUUAUUGAUAUAACAAUGUCAAGUGUCUACAACAUUUACAUUGUUUAAUUUAACAACAGGCAACAAUAUAAAAAAUUUUGAUUA